AUGCCACAAGAGGUGGCCAUUUUAGGCACCGGGAUCAUUGGCAUCUCAACAGCGUUGGCGAUCCAGGAAAAUUGUCCAAAAGUCAAGGUAUUUUUUAAUUUUUUUGCAUAUCUUUUGUAAAAUUUUUAAGGUCACUGCCAUAACCAAAGAUUUAUCUCCGAAUUUGACGUCGGAUGUGGCCGCCGGGCUCAUCAAGCCGUAUUAUUGUUCGGACGAUGAGGAAAAAAUUAUGUUGGUUUUUUUUUCAAUAAGGAUGUUUCUGAGCUUUUGAAAUAUUGAAGAUUAUGACAGAAACUAGAAAAAAAAAAUAAUUUUGAAAAAAAUUCAUUCUCAACUUCCUAGGGAAACUUGUGAACUGAAAUAGACACUUUCAGAUGGAAUUAUAUAAACAGAUGUGGUUUUUUUCGAAUAUAUUCAGAAUAUUUGAUUAGAAAAUGCCUAGAAGGUCUGGGACACACUGGGAAAAUUUUUAGUGGCCACUCUAGAGGCUUGCCAAAGACUACUUGGAUAGGACACUAAAGUGGCCACUGAACCCACCUCUAUAGUGGCCCCUAUUUUCCGUUUUAGUGGCCACUUCAGUAGUUUUUCAUCCAGUAUUCCUUCCAGUAACACUGAUAAUUUUAAAACAAACCGACUGGACCAGUUAUGUUGAUCCAUUGACCCCUAAAGUGGUCACUAAAAUUUUCAGCGAUCUAGUAGCAGUAACCUCUACAGUAGCCCUAAUUUUUAACCCCUUAAGUGACCACUAAUUUUACUACUGUAGUGACCACUGAAGCGUCAAAACCCAAUAGUGGCCACUAAAAAUGUUCCCAGUAAGUUAUGGCAAAGUUGAAAAAUGAACGUUGAGCAUAUGGAAAAUUAAGUCUUAUUCAAAAAUUUCACUGUCUCCCUACAAAAACUUUUUUUAAAUUUCCCAAAUCAAAAGUCCAUUUCCACCUUCAAAUAGGUCUACUUUUUGCAGAAGCUGGACCAAAGCGACCAUCUCGCGAAUUCAGACUUUCAUGAGAGAAUUUCCAGGAACUGGCGCCGAGGUCUCUUUCUCACACUUUUCCUAAUUUCAUAGACUUUUUCCUUUGUUCUUAUGAUCCUCCGUUCCUAUUCAAUUAUUUCUGGACUUUUGAUUUAUUAAGCUCAUGUCCGGCUACCACUUCUCGCGUGAAGUCGAACCGAUACCUUUUUGGAGUCGAGUGGUCCGGAAUUUUCGUGUGAUGAGCUCGGAGGAGAUCGAAGAAGUCACCGGGAAAUCUUGCUACAAGUAGGAUUUUUGAGAUGGUAUGAAAACAUGUCGCAGAAAGAAGUGGUGAAAAGGGACGAAAUGAAAAAAAGUCAAUUUGCCGUAGAGCGCACAAAGACUGCUGUAGUAGAGCUAUUUUUUCACAGGCGUUAUUUCUUAUGCUUCGAAACAUUUGAGAUGAACAAAAGCCAGCCAGAGAGACAUAGAAACACCAAAAAAAAAAAAAUUCAAAAUUUAGCCAUCGAGCGCAAAUUCAGCAAAUAUAUUUUUUUUGCGGCUAUUUUUGAACUCCGUUUUUUGUGACCCAUCUGUGCGAAAAAAAGUUUUUUUAGAACCGGUUUUUUCUACACUACCUGGUACUUGGAGCCGACCGCUUACAUUUCUUAUUGCCAGAAGAAGUUUUAAAAAAAAUUAUAAAAAUACAAUAAUUGUUUUUUUAAGGUUCUUAGCCAAUGGAGGAAUCAUCCGACAGGAAAAUAUUGAGAACCUUGACCAUAUUGGCCAGAAUUUCGAAAUCAUCGUGAAUUGUACGGGUCUGGGCUCGAGGAAGCUUUUUAAUGAUACGACUGUCUACCCGGUUCGGGGACAGGUUUGAGAGGAAAAAUUCGAAAAAAUCAAAUAUUCACAGAUAAUUCGAGUUCGUUGCCCUCAAGUGAAGCACUUCUUCAACGACGACGACUUUUACGCCCUCCUCAAGUGAUUUUCUUGAUUUUAGUAAUAAUCAGGUGUUAGAAAGGUUGCUCCACCGAACUAGGCUCUUUUUUUUGCUGCUCACUGGGACCUCGGUACUGUGAAAGACUGUAGUGGCCACGUCCUUUGGAAACACUCUUUUAGCGAACCUCUUAAGGGACCACUAAUGUUUUUCCCAGACGUUUCUGAGCAUCUCUAGGGAUCCUUUUAGCGGUGUUAGCCCUCUUACGUGUUCCCUAAAAAGGCUUAGAAACGUCCGGGUCGCGUCCGGUUUGCGUUACUGAAGUCCGAGAAAGUCCUUUUUGAUUUUUCGAAAGGCAUUUAGAACUCUUUUCAAACUUGAAAGUCUGGAAAAUAUUCAAGCCACCGCUUAAGCAAGUCUGAAUUCUCUGUGCCUUCCUCUCUCUCAUCGGUGAGAGAUUGAGAGGGUUCAGACAGGUCAGACUGAUUCAAAUAAGGUACACAAGAACAAAAAUUUUUCAGUGGCGAUUGUGUGAUCCUCGGUGGAACAACUGACGUCAAUAAUUGGGACACGACGGUGAAUGAAGAAACUGCCAGAAGAAUCUUCGAAGGAAACGUCGGAGUUUUCAAAUCUUUAUCGGUUGGUUGAUCAGCUGGACGCAUGGGGAAUGGCUCGGCGGUUUGAAAAAUGAAGUUCCAAACUGAAAAAAGUCGUCGAAAAAUGAGCUAGGGGUUCCUUUGAUGGAGGGACCGAAAAGUCUGAAAAAUCCCUGAUUUUCGGCGGAAAAUAAGCGUUAGAAGGCUGGAAGGGACUCGCGCAAGCAGCUUCUAGUCGGGCGCAACUUUGAGUCAUUCAUCAUGCGACCAAUCUUUCUCAAGACAGGAAAAAUGACUUAUUUCAUAAUAAACUGCUUCAGAAAUCCACGAUCCUCUCCCAUCACGUUGGUCUGAGACCGGCCCGGCCACAAGUCCGACUUGAAGCUUGUUUUGAAACGGUCCAAUUUUUUCUAUCAUUUUCCAAAGGCUUCCAAAUCCAAUAAGACAGCUGUUCUUCAAAAAAUCGUGAUCCUCUUAAUUUGCUCGACUCGCGAAAAACAGCUGCGUCCAAUAACUUUUUUGAAGAUUAUUUGAUUCUUAGGCUUCUCAAAUUGCCUCUUUUCAUGUGAAAUCCCGAUUUCCAGACCCCCAGCGGCCAGAAAAGACAAGUUAUCCACAACUACGGACAUGGCGGAUCUGGAAUCACUUUACACUGGGGCUGUGCUUUGGAAGUCGCGAAACUUGUCGAAGAAAUUCGCGGAAAAUCGCGUUUGUAA